UGACGUCACCGCGCAGCGUCAGCCAACUCGGCUGGUAUUUCCGGGUUUCAGAAUAAAACGCCUCCAGUCAGAGAAGCGAGGGUUUGUGUUUCGGGCUCCUCGUGAGGUCUGAUGCGUCUGCUGGGCUCAGCGUGCGUCUGUCUGUCUGUCUGUCUGAACCCGCCCGAGCCUCCAGUACCUGAACCCGGUCCACCUCCAGCAGGUCCAGACCAGCAGGAUGUCGACGACGUCUCAGAAGCACCGGGACUUCGUCGGCGAGCCGAUGGGAGACAAACCCGUGACGGCUCUGUCGGGCAUCGGGGAGAUUCUGGGGAGGAAGCUGGAGCAGCAGGGCUUCGACAAGGCCUACGUGGUUCUGGGUCAGUUCCUGCUGCUGAAGAAAGACACGGAGAUGUUCACCGAGUGGCUCAAAGACGCCAGCGGAGCGAACUCCCGUCAGGCCGGAUCCUGCGCUCAGUGUCUGAAGGAGUGGUGUGACGCCUUCCUGUGAGACUCCGCCUCCUCGCCCGAGACCCCGCCGCUUCCUGUUCUUCCCCUGCUCGCUUACUUCCUGCGUCUGAAGCUACCAUCAGAGCUAAUAACCGUCUGUUUGGCCUAACGCCUCUCUGCUGCUGCUGUAAAAUGUUUUCAGGUGAAUUCAUUAGCCUCCUUCCUGUUUUAUAAGCUUGUUUCAUUGGGGGAAGUUUACAUGAAUAAAAGCUUUGUGUCUGAA